AUGAGAAGCAGACAUCGAGCGCUGAAUGUUUCUGGAGCCGAAAACACGAGCGCAGUGAAGAGACAAGCUGCUCUUCGAGGACAUCGGAACCCGGAAGAAGAAAAUCGACCGAUGGCUAUGGGAGGUGAUAAUGAUGACGCUCGACCAGUGCGCAGGCAGAAUCUUAUGAAGCAAGCAGCUAUCCCAAAUCAUUCCGCUGUAAGUUUCAAUCUGUAG